CUGUACUUCAAAUGACAACUAAUACCGUUAUCCCUUAACAAACCAAAAAAAACAAAUGUUCAAUGGCAAAAUGUCACUUUUAUUUUUGCAAACAAGAGAAAAUGAAUUAAUUUUAAAUACACCCAAGCGCGAAGAAUUAUUAAAAGAUGGUCCACCUUCAAGUCAAGUGAAAAACAAUCUGCUAGGUCGAGGAGCUUAUGGCACUGUGAUAAAAGCAAUUUAUAAAGCUAAACCAGUGGCUGUUAAAAUAAUUAAAAAUCACAAAGACGUCAAUAACCAAAUUAUGCUGAAUGAGGCUCACAUUUUAGAUUGGAAACACCGAAAUAUAGUGAAAAUACUUAAGAUUGAAUCAACUCCUAACUUUGGCAUUGUCAUAAUGGAACGUUUUAAUGGCGAAUGUUUGCAAAACGCUUUAAAUAACAUGGAUAUAUCGGUGGUCCAUCGAAUAUGCAUUGCAAUGGAUUUAACAUCAGCUUUAAUGUACUGCCACAAAAAGCAAAUACUUCACAUGGAUGUUAAGCCGCAAAAUGUUAUGAUUGUCAUAACAAAACCCCUGAGGUAUGCAGGAAAAUCAGAUACAUGCCACAGAUCAUAUACAUGUAAACUAUGCGAUUUUGGUUCAUCAAUGAAGUUUACCAAGGGGCAAGGAAAUAUAAAGGGAUCAGUCAAGGGUACCCUUCGCUAUAUGGCUCCCGAAACUCUCAAAGAAGAAUGUCUUACACCUGCGGCAGAUGUUUAUUCGCUGGGUAUUACAUUGUGGCAAAUGAAAUAUCGCAUCUUACCCUAUUUUUGGUUAAAAUGUAAUGAAAUCGUUGCCUAUCAGGUUGUAAAGAACCAAUUGCGUCCCCACAAUAUACCAGCAAAUGAAACAAUUCCCAAACAUAGUGACAUAAAGGCAUCAGUAACCACCAAUAGUCAUGGACUUUGCCUAUGCGAAAACAGCUCUAAGCAAAUGUCUUCACAGUCUUUAGAAGAUAUUCUCAAAGUCUUGCAGAGCAAUGAAUGUGAAUUUAUAGCAACAACUAAACCAAAUGAGGCUAUUAUUCCCUUUAAGAGAAUGCCUCUUAAGGAAUUCAAUAAUAAUCAUCAGAACGUAAAGCAAUUAAAAGCCAAGCGUGAUCUACAUUAUGAAUUUGUCCUAACUGAAACAUUUACCCUUCAGAAUGUUUUGGGUUCUGUUGCCCAAGAAAUGGAUAUGGCCAGAAAAAUUGUUCUAGAGCAAUUAUAUGAUGAUAUAUACCAAUCGUGCUGGCACGAUGAUUUUAAGCAGAGGCCUGCAACAAAAGAGCUUUAUGAUUGUUUCAAAGAAAUGUUGUAAUAUAUAUACUUUUUAUU